AUGGCUUCAACAGGUACAUUUGAACACCUCAAUGAUGAUGUGGUGGCUGAUUUUGCCGGCAUGGGCUCCCAGAAGCUUAUAGAAAAAUUACAAACCCAAGAUUUGUCCAGAGUUGAGGCCGACGAGUUGGCUAGUGAAAUCUUCACAGAGCUACUUAUAUGUCAUGAUGAAGGCCAGUUGACCAAUGAAGCAAUUGUGACAUUUUUAACCAGUGCUAUAAAUGAUGAUGAGAAGGCCAUUAUAUUUUGUCAAGCCCUCGAUAUAUUCCCUACAUCAGAGACGCUUCAGGGUCUCAUAGGCGACCUCAAACAACUGGCUGUUAUACAACCCAAGACGUUUGCAGAGAAUGUGGAUACGUCACUUCUAUCAGAACUAGAAUUUGUUCCUGGGCAACUACUCAAUCGUCAACUAAACACAAGAAAGAGAGAUAUCUUCUACACGCAAAAGAAGUUUAACCUUCUCUAUGAGGAGUUUGAAGGUUAUGCUAAGUUGGUUCAGGAGGUAUUCAAAAUCCUCAAGUCCAAACAAAACUUGGGCCGUGUUGAUCUUGCCAUUCGUGCUACUGAGUCGCUCAUCGGCCAUUAUCUAUUGGAUCCAAACAGAGUCCUCGAUGUUCUCUUAGAGAUCUUCAGUCACCUUAUAGUGGGCAAUCAAGAGUUUAUCAUUAGGUUCCUCAAACGUUCCAGAUGGUGGCCUGCCACUCCUGCCACUCCCUUAUCGGGAAUUCCUGGUCUCAACUAUGGUGGUUGUGAAACAGCUAGUAAGCUGUUAGCGCUUAAAUUCACGAAAGCAAACCCAGCAAAAGACUUUUCCGAAACCUUCAAGAUCUUGGUUGCUAUUCUCAUCAAGAACGGAUUCAUCAGCUUUGGCUCUAUCUACAAAUACCUCCGUCCAGGAGAAGAAGAAAUGCAAAGUCUUGAAGCUCUAUACAAGAAAGAGCUUGAUGAAAAGGUUUUCAAAUCAAACGCUAGUGCUUUGGCUUUAGCUGCUCCGUUGGCUUCUGAAGAGGAUGACGCAGAUGAUAAGAAGACCACCGAGAAGAAGAAUACUAUUAACCUGGCAAACGAAACGCUUUCUGCUCGCCUUCUGACAAAUGCCAAAUUUCAAUUUUUGAAAAUCUUUCUUACUAAUGGCUUAUAUUGGCCAUCUCUCUAUAUCAUUGCAGAAUAUCCGUUCUUUGUACAUGUUGACCCGGAGGUCCCUGAGCUUAUGCUUCGAAUGUUGGAAAAGAUCAUUGAACCAUUGCACAAUAAAGCGAAGUCUUUUGAUCUGUCACUCACUGAUGCUUUGAGCAAACCCAAGUUACUGGCUCUGUCGCAUCAUAUGGGAGGCGUUAAGUACGUAAAGGUCUCAUCUGCUCAAUUGUACUGCUUCAAGCCUACAGCUCAAGUGCAAAGCAGUAAAGAUCUUGUUUAUUUCUACUCGGAAUGGGUUGACGAUCUUCCGCAGGUCAAAGACGUGGAUGGUCUCUUCCAGAUAUCUCAAGAAAUGUUGAAGUUUUUGGGUACUGAGUUGUCAAGAAGCAUACCCGUAUUUUGCGCUCUAUGUGAAAUCCUUACAUACUGUUGCAAGCAAGAGUCGGGUCCAGAAUCCACCGAACUUUUCCUCAACUAUUUCAGAAAUUACAUUCUUCCAGCUUUGGGUAGCGUUGAAGAAAACCCAGUACCUGCCGCCAAAGCGUUUGAGUUCCUCAGCCUCCUUUCACCAGAUGAUAGGUUCAACUUGUACGGCGAGCUAUAUCAAGUCGCUGCUAAGAACAAUUUGCAUAUUAAAAUUAAUUAUGGUAGAGCAGAGAAAGCUACCAAAGAUACCUUGAAAAGAUUGUCGAAGGAGAACGUUACGCCCAUGAUGAGACGUCUCGCAAAGAUUAGUUAUACUAACCCAUUACCUUGCUUCCUCACAAUUCUUCAACAAAUCGAAAGUUACGAUAAUCUCAAUUCUUUGGUGGUCGAAACGGCACAAUACUUCAACGAAUACGGGUGGGAUAACUUAACUUUAGCGAUCCUUAUGCGUUUAACUUCCUUGGGAAGAAGCAACAUUCAGCAAGACGGUUUGCAUGAGCGGCAAUGGAUCCAAUCUCUUGCGUCUUUCAUUGGCCAAAUCUGUCACAAGUAUCCUGGAUCGAUUGAUCUAAAAACUAUUGUGCUUUACUUGGUGAAAUCUUUCCAUUUGAAAGAAAGUUCAGGUCUUCUUGUUUUCAAGGAGAUGCUUGCAGUUACGGGUGGAAUCAAACCAAUCAAUAAUCUCACACCACUUCAGAUCGACAUGAUUAAUAGUGGCCAAACUUUAGAACGAAUUGUUUACAGAACAAUUGAUGAUAGAAGGUUUGAUAGUGUUGAAGCUGGCCGUAAGCUUGCAAAUGUCUUCCUUGAGCUCGACGUGAUCAACGAGGUGUUGGCUCUUCUCACGAAUCUCAACCGAGUCAUUGUUUCUGGAGACGAAUUUACCCAUCUAAAAGUUUUGGCCAACAGAAAUGACGACAUAAACACAGUCUUGCAUUUCUUCUGUACACUUGUUGGCUUCUUCGGUGAAGAUGAUAUUCCUGGAAACUUAGAGUCAAUUACCACCUUGGUUGACAAGUAUGGAGUCUCAAUCCCUUGGGCUUUUGAACUUUGGAGGCCUUAUUUAACUGAUACGGAAGUUUUAGGUGACAUUGGCGAAAAGUACACUAAGGGUGUCUCAUCCACCCUUUUCACGACCUUUUGGAGCCUUAAAUUGUUUGAUAUCAACUACAAUGAGGCUAUUUACGAUUCCGAAGCGACCAAGCUUCAAGUUAAUGCCUCCGGUCUUCGAGAGAAUUUAUUGCUCGCAAGAAAGGAUCGUGAUACUACCCAGGAGACAUUAAAACGUUUCAGAGCUGACAUUGUUAGGCUAGAGGACGACAAGUCCAAGAUACCAGCUGAGAAAGACGCUCACAAAACUCAUGAAGAUGAGGUAACCGAGUCACUUAGCCAAAGUUGCUCUGAGUGGUUCUCCUCCCUGUCCCUUGAUGAGGUAGAAACAGAAAUUAAGGCCUUCUUGCAAGAAUGUGUGUUCCCCCGUUGCAUCCAUUCGUCAUUUGAUGCGGUCUUCAGUGCCAGAUUUUUGUUCAAGCUUCACGAGAUUGGACAAAACCAGUUCUCCAUCAUCACCCUUUUAGUGCAAUUGUUCCAAUCCAAAAUCGUCUUCCCCACCCUAUUCACUUGCACUCCUUCGGAAGCCGAAUGCCUUGGUCUUUUCUAUGCUGAGAUUUUGAAGAAGCUUGCCUUCUGGUACACUGAAGAUGAAUUCAAAAAGCUUGCAGAAGUUAGGCCUUUGAAAGGAUACAAGUCUAGUGACGACUUGAGCUUCAAAGAGUUCCGCAAGCUUCUCUUUGACUUCCAUUCAUCCUUACUCGCUGACGUUUCUCGUUCUUUGGCUGCAGAAGAAUAUAUGUGUCGUCGGAAUGCCAUUACCUUGAUGAAGAAUCUUCUUGGUAUCUAUCCAAAUGUUGAAGACCACUGCGAGGCUAUCACUGAACUCAUUAGUAAGAUAAGCGCCACAGAAGAACGUGAGGAUCUUAAAUUAUCAUCAAGCGCUUUGAUUGGUCAUGUUAAGUCUCGGUCGAAGACUUGGGUACACAUGUGGGAUUUCUAUGAAAUGCCUGAAGCUGAGAAAGAGGAGCAGAUGCAGAAACGUAAAGUUAUAGAAGAAGAGGCUGAAAGAAAGAGAGAAGAGAUAAGGAAGCAGAAGGAGGCAGAAGAGAAACGACUUAGAGAAGAGGAGCAAAAGAGAAGAAGAGAAGAAGAGGAAGAAGCGAGCCGAAAGAUGGAAGAGGAGAAGGCUGAGCAACAGAGGCAGGCAUCCGCAAAAGCCCUCAGUUAUGAUGAUGAAGGUGCUGCUCCAGCACGUCAAGCUCGUGGUGAGGAAGUUUCAAGAGGUCGCUACGACCAAUACUCAAGGGCUUCCCCUCGUCCAAGUACACCUUCUGGACAAUCAGGUAAGGUCAAAGAUGAAGAAAAGGGGGUUUCUGAAGACAAAAAGCCAGAAUCAACAAAAGCAGAUCAAGCUGAUAAAGCUGUGGCUGAAAAAGAGAAUGGCGAUAGUGAAGACUUAUUCCAGGAUAAAACAUCGAAGGGUAAGCGUGCAGAUCAAUCAUCUAGACAACCAUCAGGAAAGCCCUCACCUGCCGAAUCAUCAGAUAAGACUCCGAAAGAAACUCCACCGGUACAGGAGAAUGCCAAAACAAGAUACGGUGGUGGUUCUCAUCAGCGUCGUGAUGAUAGAAGUGGAAGGCAUUCGUCCAGCCAUGGGCAUUCCCGUGGGUCUCAUGCUAACGACCUCAGGUCUCAAAGCACGACUCCGCUCCCACCUCCUGCCACGCCUCCUCCUCCUCCUCCACCGCCUCCUUCGACGGCACCACCAAAGCGUGAUGGUAGUGAUAGAGGUGAUCGGAAGAGAGAAUGGAGAGGAUCUUACAAUAGGCAAGACAAAAGAUCUAGACGUUAA